UGAUUGGCAGAUGACGUGUGGAACACGGCCCAUUAACAAGUAGUAUAAAUAACUUUGUAAUCUAUUUAAGACAACAUUUACGGACGAUUAGAAGUUCUUUACACACCUGUCUUAAAUCAGCUGAUUCUAUAGUAAAAAUGAAUCUGUUCUACAGUGGAGUUAUAUAUACCUGUAUCUUAGCUAUUUCAGUACAAGCCGUCGUUCCACGCCACUUACUCAUGCGUGCAAGAAUGAGCAGGACUCAGAGUCCACAAACGUCUAUAAAGUCACGUGUAGAUAGGGCACUUGCUUUGUUCAAGCCAUCAGGAGUCGGAUGUUGUAAGCUUGGGGAGAAAACAGCAAAGAAGAAGCUUUCUUGUCACAUUCAUGACCCGUCUAGAAAGAAGAAUAUGAUACAAAGGAUUAACUCUGCGUAUACGAGUUCUAGAUUGCUUGUCGGGAAGGCAGAGAAAUGUGGGGAUAGAUACGGUAAACCAUUUGAAAAGUGUUGUAACUAUAGGGAAGACUUUUACAGAGAUAUGCAUAGAUGUAAAAUAAACUUCUCUGAUAGAGAUGAUCGCCGAAAAUGCAAAACCUUAGUCAGAGACAAGUACACUUGAUUUAUAUAAGGAGCUUCUUAGCGAGAAUCUGAUAUGGAACACUUCGGCCAAUAGUCAGCUACGAGGACAUGAUUUCCGAAUGAGGCUGCUACUGCCAAACAGGACAAACCUUGAUCAUGCUGCCUUCCGGUCUCCAAAGAGACAGAAGAGACGAUCACAAACGGUUAUGAACGAACAUUCCAAAAUGAACAAUUGUUAUAGAUUUACUUAGAAGUAACAUUUGUCAUGGAUGAUAUAUAAUGUAUUGUUAACAUUUUUGUUUGAGUUAUGUAAAAUUUGGAAGAUUAAAAGAUGUUUAAGA